CACACAUGCCAUUUCACUUAUCGGAACGUUAAUCAGUUGAAUUUCGAAGACGAAACUGGCUCCUGACUUCCUUCUCUCCCAGGCUCUUUUUAUAGGCAUGUGUAUGAUCGUAACCUUAUGAUAUUAAAGUAUAGUACGCAAUUAAACUUAAAGUACUCUAUAGAUUUAUAAAAACAAAGCUACAAAAUGGCUUGCAAUUUCUCUAUUUGUAAAACAUUUCUACUGAUUAAAGUACUCGGAGUAGUCACAUGUCAACAGGAAUUGUCCACAACCAAUGUGGAUGUGAAGAUGAACACAAUGGCUUCCUUGCCGUGUGGCCGAGGAAGGAGUGCCCAGCCAGGCUGGGUGGUCUGGUUCAGGGUGGCAAGAGGACCCAGAGGCCAGCCGGUCCCCGUGGCUUUGUGCUCCGAAAAGGAAGCCUUCAUCCCUUCUUGCGAUCGUGACGGAGGGGACGCAUCAGAGGUGGGGAGGCUCUGCUGCUCUGGGUCUGGUGGCCUCACGAUAAGAAGAGUGGAGGCUGGCGACAUCGGGACGUAUACGUGUGUCACGGGGGCUCUCCUCGGCCAGCACGUGUGUAACAACAGUCUCACCACCGUGUGCGAGACAGACCUCUGGAAUAAGAGUCAGAUUAGCAAGAGGUACUACAUGAUGAUAGUUCAGCUGUCAAUAAUGAACUCGCUGAAGACAUACCUCAUACACGUUUAUACUGGAAUUGAAGAUAAAGCUGGAACUGAUGAAGCCGUUUCUAUUACAAUCCAUGGAAGUGCAGUGAAUCCUGCAAUGGAUCUAACUUCCUCCAAGACACACAACAAUCCUUUUGAACGUAAUCAGAGGGACACUUUCAUUCUGAAAUCUAGAGACAUUGGGGACAUAACGAGGGUUACUGUAUCGCAUGGUGGUGCUUGGUAUAAACCCUUAUCGGCCUGGAACCUUGAUAAGAUUGAGGUCGAAGAUGAAGAGUCCCACACCACAUUUGUGUUUCCACUUAAUCGCUGGAUUGAUGGAGAGUCUCGUGAUCUUCAUGUUCAGGAAAUCAUAGUUAACAAUAAAUCAUUGGUUUAUGAAUCUCACUUUCAAAACAACACGAAGGAAAAAAAGUGCUCUUCUGGCACGUUGGAGGAGAUGUGCCACCAAUUCACCGUGACAACCGCAGAGAUGGAUCCAUCGACGCGCUAUAGCAAUGCAGAGGUGACAAAGACGCCAUGGCUCAACACCACAAGCCCAGCUGUGAAUAAAGACAACCAAGAUGCGAAAUGCUCUCUCUGGCUGGUCAUCACGUUGACUCUGCUCACCAUUGCUCUGGGGGGUCUUGCAUUUCUGGCAUAUCUUUACCGAAAAUGGCACGCAACGAAAGAUCAUCGCCAAGUGCACUGCAACAGCAAAUGUGAGGCAUGCCAUUCAACCAGAGGUGGCCACAGCGAGUGAAUGCGUCUACAGUUUGGUGGGACAGAUUGAGACAGUCACUCACUUACCUCUCAGCACGAAAUAAUCAACUUAAUCUAGCUAUCUGGGUAUACAUUACCACUUUGGGUAAUAUUUUGUCAUAACUGUAAUCAUUUAAACAUAAUUUGUAUCCAUAGUCUGCAAACGUGGUAUGAAGACAUCAUACAAGAUAUAGGAAUAGGUUUUACCCUUUUAACUGGCACAAAAACUGACACCUUUA